AUGGGUCUAUAUCUUUUGGACUACGGCGCAGGAAACGUCCAAAGUCUCGCCAAUUCGCUCACAAAACUUGGCUAUAAGUUCACAUGGAUAUCCGAUCCCACCGACUUCAACAAGGCUACCAGCCUCAUCUUCCCUGGCGUUGGCGCGUUUGAGACCGCCCUCGGCUUUUUGAAUGCUCGUGGACUUCUUGAACCUCUACGUGAAUAUAUCCGUUCUGGAAAACCCUACUUUGGAAUUUGCAUCGGGAUGCAAAUACUCUUUCGCUCAUCGGCCGAAUCGUCCUCUGAAGGAUUAGGCGUUAUCCCUUGCCCAAUCGAGCGCUUCGACGAUGAAGACAAGACGGUUCCCCACAUCGGGUGGAAUGCCGCAGAUCUUGUGAAUGUCCAACAAGACGCGGAAGGCGUCAAUGGUUCUUCAUACUAUUAUUUCGUCCAUUCGUACCGUGCAAGGUACAACCCUACAGAAUACCCGGAAGCUAUGCAUUGGGCUCAUACCACCACGCAAUAUGGAAUGGAAAUUUUUAUAUCUUCCGUUCGAAAAGGCAAUGUUUUCGGCACACAGUUCCACCCGGAAAAGUCAGGCGCAGCUGGGCUUCAACUUCUUGAGGAAUGGCUUCGUAAACCAGAGUCAGCUCACACAUCCGCACCUUCCACCGCACUCAUCACACGUCUCCCUAAGCCAGUUCAUCGGCUCACCAAGCGUAUCGUUGCUUGCAUGGAUGUUCGCGCUAAUGACCAGGGGGACCUUGUCGUUACGAAGGGUGACCAAUACGAUGUUCGAGACAAGACAAAUCUUACCCCGGGCUCCACGACUGCCCAAACGGCGGGGGAAGUACGCAAUCUAGGGAAACCGGUUGCUCUCGCGGCACGUUACUACGAGUCUGGGGCAGAUGAACUUUGUCUGCUCAAUAUCACCUCUUUCCGCCAUUCUCCACUGCAAGAUCAACCAAUGCUCGCCGUUGUCCGAGCUGCCGCAGAGUGCGUCUUUGUGCCGUUAACCAUUGGCGGUGGUAUCAAAGACACUGUCGAUCCUGAUGGAACAAAACGAAGCGCACUGGAAGUAGCAGGAGCAUAUUUCCGCGCAGGUGCAGACAAAGUAAGUAUUGGAUCAGAAGCGGUCUAUGCUGUAGAACGGCUCCUCGCAGCUGGGAAACUCGACGGCACCAGCGCGAUUGAGACAAUCGCUCAUGCAUAUGGUCGACAGGCCGUGGUUGUCUCCAUUGACCCUCGACGCACAUAUGUAGAUUCUACCACAUAUGACGGGCCACACAAGUCUGAAGUCAUUGUGGGUUCUCAAGGUUAUGAAGGGAAGGCUUGGUGGUACCAAUGCACCGUUUCUGGGGGUCGCGAGCUACGUCCGCUUUCUGUUGUGCAACUCGCCCAAGGUGUGGAGAAGCUGGGGGCCGGCGAGAUCCUCAUCAACAGCAUAGAUCGUGAUGGCACGGGGCUGGGAUUCGAUCUGGAUUUGUUAAGGGUGGUGAAGCGGAGCGUGAAGAUUCCAUUGAUUGCCAGUAGCGGCGCUGGUUCUGCAUCGCACUUUGUCGAAGUUUUUGAGCAAACCGAUGUGGAGGCUGCUUUGGCUGCUGGCAUCUUUCAUAGGGGAGAGGUUGGAAUCAAGGAGGUCAAGGAGGCGAUGAAGGGUGCGAGUCUAAACGUUAGAGAUUGAGUAGAAGAAACAAAAAAUAUAUUCAUGUUGUACAAGGUUGGCACAAACGCACGAGAGGGGAGGUACAGGUGUAUGAUAUCCCGGGUUAUUGUAAACCGAUAUGGUAUCGCCAAGGGAAAGGCGUAG